AUGGAAAAAGGAUCUAAGUUUUUGAUAUUAGGCUCAAUAGGAUUAGGCAUUUUAGGAGGACUUUAUAUGCUUUUUGGUAAAAAUAAAGUCCGUGUAAAACUUUCAAGAGAUUAAGUGGUUUUGUUCUUAAAAGAUUUAAAGUCAUAAUCUUAAAGCUAGUUCAUAACUACUGCCAAAGUUAUUUAAAGAAUGAUAAGUGAAACUGGGGGUUAGUAUAAAAAUGAAGUAGAAAACACAGCAGCAGGAUAUAUUAGAAGUGAAGUUUAAGAAAUUUUUGAUCAAAAAAAGGAAGCAAUCUUAAUCAAGUAUCAAAUUGAUGAGCAAGAUUUAGCUUAAGCCUUAGAAUCUGAUUUCAAAAAUGAUGAUGAAAUAAACAAAAUAUUAAAUGAAAUUCAUGAAGGUUUCGAAAAUAGUUUAAAAGGCAUCGAACCUCCAAUGAAUGUAAAACCAGAAGUGUUUGAAAUUCUAACAAAAGACAAAACUUAUGACAUUGUAAAAAAAAUAAUGAAAUUAUCAACUAAGUUAUACUUGAAAGUAUUCACUGACUUAAAGAAAGAAGGAGAAAAACAAAUCAAUCUAAAAAACCCUAAAUUUUUAAGAAAAAUAGGCUAGUUAAAUAUGAGAGAUAGAAAGAAUAAAUUAAUUUUAGAUGAAGGAGUUAAUCUUGAGCCUGAUUCCCCUACUGAUAUCUUAGGAAAAGUAACCUAAAAAUACAAAGACUAAGAUAUAGAAUUUGCUGAAAAACUUAUUGAAGUAGAUAGAUAGUUUACUUAUGUAAUUGAAAAGCUAGGAGACGAAAUUACAACUGAAGAAUAAAUUGAUAAGGCUUUCUAAUGA